CCCAUAAAAACAUUACAAAUCUCAACGCCAAUCGUUUUUUUUCGGAUACCACCAUGAUCUUCGCAGCGAAAUUUGUGGCGAUCGCGGCUUUCGUGGCGCUCGCAUCGUCGGCCCCGGCGGGCAACGAGCCGACGCCCCCGGCGAUUGUAAUCGUGAGACAGAGUCAGGACGGACCCAACCCCGACGGCUCGUACUCCUACAGCUACGAGACGUCCAACGGCAUCAAUGUCGAGGAGCAGGGGUCCCUGCAGCCGGCGUCCAACCCCGACGCUGAGAACAAGGAAGCCAACAGUGUUCAAGGCAGCUAUGCCUACCCCGACGAGAAUGGCAACCUCAUCCAGGUGACUUACACAGCCGGUGAAAACGGCUUCCAGCCGGAGGGUGCGCACCUUCCAGUCGCGCCUGCCGUACCAGAGGCCAUUCUCAAGGCCCUCGAGUGGAUCGCCGCACACCCGGAGGAAGAUAAACUGCAGUAACUCGAUUGGCUAGAUUCGCCUAUCAAUCGGCCCCAAGAAUUGCUCAAGCUGCACCUAUUGUUUUUUUUGUUUUUAUUUUUAUACGAAGGGGAGGGUGAGGCAAAGAGGAAAAAAUAUUUCACUCUAU